GAGGGCGUGUGUGCGUGUGUGUGUGUGUGUGUGUGUGUGUGUGUAAGUGUAAGAGAGAGAGACAGCGAUUUGAAGACGUUACUGCUGGUGUUGAAGAUGGAGGGAAAGACCGUGAGCCAAGCCAAAGAAUACAGGAGGUUUCUAGAAGCUGGAAAAGGGUAUGAAGGACGGGGGUGAGAAGCCUCGGGAAGCACGGACGGCAGACAAGGCUGGCUGGAUCAAGAAGAGCAGCGGGGGCUUCUUGGGGCUUUGGAAAGAUCGCUAUCUGCUCCUCUGCCAGGCUCAGCUACUGGUCUAUGAGAAUGAGGAUGAGCAGAAGUGCGUGGAGACAGUGGAGCUGGGCAGCUAUGAGAAGUGCCAGGACCUUCGUGCCCUCCUUAAGCGGAAACAUCGUUUUAUCUUGCUGCGAUCCCCAGGGAACAAGGUCAGUAACAUCAAAUUCCAAGCACCCAGCGGGGAGGAGAAGGAAUCCUGGAUCAAAGCCCUCAAUGAAGGGAUCAACCGAGGCAAGAACAAGGCAUUUGAUGAGGUAAAGGUGGACAAGAGCUGUGCCCUGGAGCAUGUGACACGGGACCGGGUGCGUGGGGGCCAGCGGCGCCGGCCACCUACAAGAGUCCAUCUGAAGGAGGUAGCCAACGCAGCUUCUGACGGGCUUUCGCGCCUGGACCUUGAUGUUCUGGACAGUGGGCCUCCAGUUUUUGCUCCCAGCAAUGAUGUCAAUGCAGCCCAACCCCGGGAGGCACUCCGGCCCCCCAUGCCUCCUACCAAGACUUCCCCAGCACCUGAGAUGACCAGCCUUGGUGACAAAGCGGAAACCCCGGCAGGGGAGAGAGCCCCAACCCCUAUCUCAGCAAGCUCUGAGGCCCACCCUGAGAGCCAAGAGGACUCAGAGACUGCAGUGAAGAAGGACAGUGGCUCUGAGCAGCCCCCUAACAGAGUCCUGCCUGACAAACUGAAGGUGAGCUGGGAGAACCCCAGCCCUGAGGAGCCCCCUGACCCUGAAAGUGCAGAACCACCCCAGGUACCCUCUUCUGAGACUUCUGAGGCUGCACCCAAGGAGGAUAGGAAACCCCCUACACCCCCGCCUAAGAUCUUAUCGGAGAAACUGAGAGCCUCCAUGGGUGAGAUGGAGGCUUUGGGGCCAGUCCAGAGUCCUGGGGCCUCUGAGACCUCUGCCCCAGGCCCAGCACAGGUCUCAGUGAAUGGUGUGGAUGACAGUCCUGAGCCUGUCAAGCCAUCUGAAGCCUUGGGCACCCCAGGAACUCCCCCAAAGAAUGCAACAACGUCCACAGCAUUGCCCCCCAGGGACCAGCCACCUCAGUUCCAUCCCCGCUGCUCUUCCAUGGGGGACCUGCUUGGGGAAGGCCCCCGGCGUCCAUGGAAGCCUGGGGAACGGCUGUACCGGGCCCAUCUGGAGGUGAAGGUGGCCUCACAGCAGACGGAGAAACUGUUGAACAAGGUGCUGGGCAAUGAGCCGGCCCCUGUGAAUGCUGAGACAUUGCUCAGCCAGGCUGUGGAGCAGCUGAGGCAGGCCACCCAGGUCCUACAGGAAAUCCGAGAUCUGGGAGAGCUGAGCCAGGAAGCACCUGGGCUACAAGAGAAGCAGAAGGAACUGGUGACCCUCUAUAGGAGAAGUGCACCCUAGGGCCUGCUGGGCCAGGGCACUGUCCCUCCUAGCUGGCCCAGUUUCAUCAAAACUUUGCCGAGAAAUAUACUUCUGCUCAGUCUGUCAAAGAGCCAUUGGGCAUGUCAGGGUUUGGCCAGGACCUAUAGAGACUCCUGGUAUCCUUCUUGCCCUGCCUUGGCCAGUGAUGCCAGGUGCCAUCCAGGGUUACUAUCUGGCUAUCUGGGCUGGCCUCCAGGCUCUGGCUUGGGCUGGGAGCACCUACUCAGAACCUCUGUGUUUACACAGUUGUUCCAAACUGCCCCAGGGCUUUGGCACAGUCCUAGGAGUUCUGGGGUAGCAUCACCUCUGCUUCUCACCCUAGUAGUUUACAUUCCUGACUUCUAAAUAGAGCACAGCUGAGUUCCCCACAGCCUCCAUGUCCAGACCUCCCCAGGCAGAGAGCCUCAUGGCAAAGGCAACUUCAAGCUGUAACCAGCCCUACCACCCAUCUAUUCCGAGUAGCUGCUGAGACUAUGGGUCCAGGCUGUGGGUUCAUCCUUCAGCAAGGGAGACCUGGAAGCCAGCUAGGGCCUCUGAAGGCAAGUGGGAGACAUUUGUCAGAAAGCCAUUUGCUGUGUGCUCCUUCUCUGGGCCUGUCCUAUUCUGCAGGCCUUCCCCUCUGGUGAAUUGUGACCAGAGGACUCCGGGGUGGAAGAGGAACUCGCAGUGUCUCCUACUCUAGUCCUGCCUCUGAACCAGCUUGUGACCAGCCUUGCACAUUCUUAUAGAGGUGAACCCCAGAAUAGCCCCGACAUCAACAUCAGAAAAUCCUGCAUGUAAUUCAUUAUAAAUCAACAUUCAGAAGAGAAGCCGCCCCAACUUCCGUGCCUCCCCAGAUGGAAUUUAUAUCUGGGUCUCUGCGGUUCCUCCUCAACCCAAACAGGUCCAAUAUCCCAGUCAUUUCUUCUAAUGCUGAAGGGUAUGUUGGGGCCUGAAACCACUUCCCUCUCCUGUCUUCCCCGCACCCCUUUGGCUCAGGCCCUAGAAGGACCGCUCCUCCUGAACUUCCUAGUGGAAGGUGCAUUUUCUCCUGGCCCGUGCCUGCACCCUGAGCCUCUCCCUAGGGCACCUCCCUCCACCCCCACCCCCAUCAUCCCUGGCUCUGGGAGCACAUCCGGUCUUCAUCCUGCUGCAGCAACUGGACUGAGGGUGGUGCCUGUAGGUGCAGAGGCCCUGCGGGUUGCAGCCACUCUUCCUGGGACCUAUGGGAGGGGGAGAAGCUCCUGAAAGGCCUGUUCAGGGGGUUUCUGCAUGUGCACUUUUGUUUACUGAAAGAGGAGAGGGUGGGUCACAGCCGUGUGCCCUGGUCUUUUUGCCCCACUGCCCCACAUCCAGCCACCAGUCGUGCCCACUGAGGCCUGCCAGCGCAGGCCAAUGCCUUCUUUACUGUACUUCUGCUUUGUUCUUGAGAGUAAUAGCUAGGGAUCAGGAGGGGCCGGGGUGGGGAUGAGCAGCAAUGUCAUGGCUCGUGAGCCCCCAUGGGCUUCCCCAAACCACACUCCUUGGAUAAACUAGGCUCCCAUACCACAGUCUGCCUGUUCAUCUGUGUCCAGUAUGAGAGCAAGGAUGUCAUCGGGUGCCCAUAGUCACGUGGCCCCCUGCCAUCUUCCUUUGGGGAACAGCUUUCCCCCACCAGCAGCCUGGGCUGUCUGGAGCUUUAGCCAAGUCACCUGCUUCCAGGGACUAGAGCCUCCUUUUCCUCUAAGUGUUACCAGGCUGAGCGGGUAGCUCUGGGGCCACCUCAGUGGCCUAAUGCCAUUGGUUCCUAUGGGGUCACCAUGCCUUGGCAGCCUGGGUCCCUGGGGGAAGCCAGCUUUCAGGGGAGGGAGAAGAGGAUGGUGCUACCUUGCCUGUCUCCUGGAGGAAGAUGGCAUUCCAUGUCUUCUGCUUAUGAAGCGCCUUUCUUGAAGUUUGGCAAUAAAUCCCUUUUUAUGGAA